UUAUUGUCCAUCAAGUAAACAUCGAAGGUCGCCAUUUAGUGUUGCAUUCUAUCGCCUUUGACCACCCUCCAAGAGAAUCUUUCUGAAUCCCAAUUUUGGCUAAUAUCAUCUCGACCUUCCAUUGUCGUUCUAAGAAGUCUCUUUGUCUCUAACAUCCAGUCAAUAUGGCCCACGAGAACGUCUGGUACUCCCACCCAAGAAACUACGGUAAAGGAUCAAGACAGUGCAGAGUCUGCGCUUCCCACAAUGGUUUGAUCAGAAAGUACGGAUUGAACAUCUGCAGACAAUGUUUCAGAGAGAAGGCUCGUGACAUUGGUUUCAACAAAUUGCGUUAAGUCACUAAACUGCUCCAGCAGUGUAUAGUUAAUGUUAAAGUG